AUGACUACGCAGGAGACCAUCAAGCCGUUGGUCGAUAGGAUCCUGUCGAACCCGCUGCAGUUCAAGAAGGGCCGUGUGAUGGCGGAUCAGGACCGGGUAGAGUUGCAAGACGGGCCGUACGUGGUGAUCGGGAAGCGGCAGGAGCUUGGCGAGGGCAGGCAGAAGCAGGACGAGGAAGCUGCGGAGAGUGCGGUGGCUGGCGGUGGCCGGCGCGAGCGCCGGCCACAGAUGCCACGGUCUAUGGCUGAGGCGGUGAGCAUGUAUUCGCGGGCGGGCGACGAGUCGUUGAGCGACGUCGAUGUGAACGCGGAAGGUGGCAGCAGCGGGAGCGGAGUGGACGAGGAGGAGUUCCACGAGGCCAAGGAGUAUGUGGAGGGCGAAGGGGAGGCCAGUGGCGAGGACCUGGGAGCUUCGAUGAGCUCCGACGAGGCGUUUGGCAGCGACCUCGCGCAGUCGAGCGGGUCCCUGAGCGACUCGCAGGACGACGUGUCCAGGGUCUCGGACUCGGAGAGGGCGCAACUGCAAGAGGAGGCGCUGGAGGCGAGUGCGGCGGCGGAGGCCGAAGACGAUGACGGCGAGGAGUUGAGACACAAACUCCCAGCGUCGCAGAGGUCGAUCACGCCUCCGACGACGAUUGGCGACAUCGGGAACUUCUACCAAGUGAACGAGAAUCCGCAUGACACGGGAUCGAGCGGCUCUGGCCGCAUCGUCAAGAACUGGGGUCCUCAGCUUGCCUUGCUGAGACCUCGCGGUCUUCUGAAUCACGGGGUCACGUGCUACACCAACGCUGCAGUGCAGGCGAUGGUUCACAUUCCAGCGGUCCAGCACUACCUGUUCGAUAUCUUACGUGGCAAGUAUGAUUCUACCAUCUCGAGGGACUCUGUGUCGUAUGUGUUGGCGGAAACCAGCAGAAAGAUGUGGCUACCACAGGAUAAGAACAAGAAGAAGCAGAUGCCAUACCACGUGAAUCCGAAGAAACUGAUCGGACGACUUCACGAUAUCAAUUGUAUGAUGAGCGAAUGGCAGCAGGAGGACUCCCACGAGUAUUUUAUGUCUUUGAUGUCGAGGUUGCAGGAGGAUUCUGUACCUCGCGGUCAUAAAUUGACAGAAUCGAUCAUCUACGAUAUUUUCGGAGGCCUGUUGAAACAAGUAGUCACUUGCAAGUCCUGUGGCGGAGUGUCCAAGACAGAGCAACCAUUUUACGAUCUCUCGUUGCACUUGAAGGGAAAGAAAAAACCGGCUUCACAAACAGAUUCGGCAGGAAAUGAAGCUGCAAAAGAUCAGUCCGGGAAAAAUGAGAGCAAUGGAAAGGAACUGGGGACAGCUUCUGGAUCAAGAAGAUUCUCGAUCGAGAAAGCAAUCAAGGAUUUCUUCACGCCCGAACUUAUCAGAGUAGACAAAGAGCAGAAAGGUUACGUGUGCGAGAAAUGUCACAGGACUACCAACGCCACGAAGCACAAUUCGAUAAUGAGAGCACCAGAAACUCUGCUGAUACAUCUGAAAAAGUUCAGGUUCAAUGGCACUUCGUCUUCUAAGAUUAAGCAAGCUGUUUCGUAUCCAAUGUUCUUGGAUUUGACAGAGUACUGUGAGCCGGAUGAAAAGAAUCACGUCGUCCCCGCUAAGUACCAGUUAACCACGGUAGUUGUUCACGAAGGUCGCUCAUUGUCCUCUGGUCAUUAUAUUGUUCACUGCAGACAGCCAGAUGGUUCGUGGGCAAUAUACGAUGACGAAUAUCUGAAUAAAAUAACGGAAAGAGAUGUGCUGAAGGAGCCUAAUGCAUAUUAUUUACUGUACACUAGACUGACACCAAAAGAAGUCAAGAGCAAUCACAGAUUGAAUCUGAAUGACCUCGAUAUUUCAUUACAGACAACCGGCUCAUCUUCCAACAGCAACACACCCUCAUCCUCUCCCAUAUUGAAUAAUCGUAGUAAGAAGUGGAGAAAGAACAAAAAGAGAAGAUUCAAUAGAUACUGA